GAGCCACUGCUUCUGUGCGAGGAAAGAAGGGCAAAGUCCGACGCUGGCAUGAAAGUUCGCCGCGCGAGCCGGAGGUAACCCAGCGGCGUCCACUGUCGCCCCGCCUGGCCCAAACCUCGCCCGGCGCCAUGGUGCUGGAUAGCUUGGCCCGCAUCAUCAAAGUGCAGCUGCCUGCUUACCUCAAGCGCCUGCCGCUGCCGGAGAGCGUCGGCGGCUUCCUGAGACUCACAGUUUCAGAAUGGCUCCAGUUAUUGCCUUUCCUGGGUGUCCUUGCUCUGCUCGGAUAUCUUGCUAUUCGUCCAUUCCUUUCCAAGAAGAAACAGCAGAAGGACAGCUUGAUUAAUCUCAAGAUCCAGAAGGAGAGUCCCAAAGUAGUAAAUGAAAUCAACAUUGAGGAUCUAUGUCACACUAAGGCAGUGUACUGCAGAUGCUGGCGCUCUAAAACAUUCCCUGUCUGUGAUGGCUCUCACAACAAACACAACGAAUCAACAGGAGAUAAUGUGGGCCCUUUAAUACUCAGGAAAAAAGAAGUCUAGCAAACUUCUAAGUAUUCUAUGACUGAUGGGAAGUCUACUUGUAUACAUAUUUGUAAGGCUUUCUGUCUUAUAUGUCACAGGGUUAAAUUUUGGAAUAUUUUAAAUUAUCUUAGAUUUAUACUUUGUGCUAGAUGUUUGGUAAUGUGUUUUAUAUAACAAAAAUGUACUAUAUCUAUGCUUUGUAAUCAUCGCAGAAUUAUUUUUCCCAGAACUACAGGAAUUGUAACAAAGAUAGAUAGAUAGAUAGAUAGAUAGAUAGAUAGAUAGAUAGAUAGAUAGAUAGAUAGAUAGAUAACCUCUAUUCUAAUUACAGAUGUAUCAACACUACAGAGUUAACAGAUUUUAAACCAGCUGUACUGCCAGAUUGCCACAAAACUGGGAACUGAUUUUUGGAGGUUGUCAAAGAUGGUCAUAAUUUUGGUCUUAAGUAGGUUUAGGAAUUUGCAUACAAGCCAGUACUUCAGGUUGAACAUUGAGUGUGUUCAGGAAUCACUUUUAUACAGAACCGCAGAUAGCCUUCUUUGAGAAUGAUUAAAGAGAUAUACAAACUAGUAGCAGAGUGUUUUUUGCUUUUCAGAAGUGAUACAGAUUGUAUAUAAUUGGCUUGUCUGUGAUUUAGAAACUAUAGCAUUAUGUAUUGAUGUUUUGAAAUAUAAAAGAGUUCAGUUCAAGAACUACCUAUUUUAUUUGCACAAUUGAUGGUGUUUAGUAAUUACUGGCUGCAUUAAAUGAACUAUAGUAAUUAACCUACCGGUACUUUCUACUAAACCUGCUCUCCCUUUAAACAAAUUAGUUCAUGGUAUAUGAACAGGAUAGCACUCUGAACUUCAAAUAAUCUAAUACUUAUUUUGCACAUUUUCCAAACCUUCUUGGUCUGUAUAUCCAAUCUACCUGUACGUCUUGUACAUAGUUAAGUUCAGAUUCCCAUGUGCAAGAGUAACAUUAGUUGGUCAUGGCCCACAUUUUACAUAAUAUUAAGCUGUAUACUCUGGAAAAUAUCAGUUGCUCCAAAGGACUCAGGCAAACUAAUAAAGGAACAGUAAAUGAUGCUAGA